CACGUUUACACAAUAAUAAAACCAGUAAUAAAAUUAAACUUAAGUAAUAAAAUAGAGAAGUGGAAACACAAGAAACGGUCAAUACAUAAAAGCGUAGAUAAUGAGUCUAUAUGAUAACAGUGAGACGUCUACGGCAGAAAUUAAAAGCGAACCCCGGUAUUGCGAGGGAUCAACAAUUAAACAAGUAACUUACGCAUCCUUAUACGGCCUCACAAGAAUUUUUGUAACUGCCAACCGCGCAGUAAUAUCAGCACUGAAGAAAGCAAAACAACAAAUCAAGGCACAACAGAUUUCUUCGAAAGAACGCAAGGAAGCAAGAGACAAGGAUUCUUGUAAAAAGGUCGUUAAAAAGACGGAAAAACAUAAGGCCAAAAGCUCAGGUAGAAAGAAGAGUACUCCAAUCCAAAAGUUGCAAAAAUACGAGGGGCUUGAAAGGUCAUCUUAUCAUACCAGUGAGCGCCCUUCUCGUUGCCGUUUGUACAUCAAUGAGAAAAGCAAAGGACUGUACUAUGGUAUAUGUAGUGAAUGUACUAAACAGACUCCGAUAAAUGUAAUAAAGAUCAGAUGAGAACUGAAUUCCUUCCAAGUACUGCAACACACUUUAUUAUAACUUGAAUAUUACGAACCCGCUCUUAUUUGGUACUACCACUACAACUGUUUGAUGAUGUUCGACAUUAUGCCACAGAUGAGACAAAUGGUCAGAGAAAUAAUCGUGACAAAUCGACUGCAGCGCGGACUUGACGAGCGUCAAGUCUUUGUCUUUAGUUUUGUCUUAGUUACACAAUGUCCUUUUUAGUCACUCAAUGUACUGU